AUGGCAGCCAUAGUAGCGCUUUUCGCCACACCUAGCCUUGUUUCUGGACUUUUUGUAUGCGAUGACCAGGAUGACUAUAGCCCUACGAAGGGUGAAUUCGUCGUGCACUACACAGCAGCACGAGACUCCGACGUUGAGAACGAGGAUCAUUAUGCUGAUACGUGGAUACGUAUCUGCAAACCUAACGCUAAUGCUGAUGGCUGGGAUAAUGUUGAUCCUAUCCGUGGCUAUUGUGGCACAAACAAACCCACACAGAUUCGAGCUGAUGCAGCUGGCUUGCCACAUGACUUUAUGAUAACGAAUGGAAGAGGCUGUGAGCACAGCAUUUUUCCUCCUCAUAAUUUGGAAGGAACAGUUCUGAGCUACAAUAAUCAGUAUCGCUUCCCACAGGAAGAUGAGAAUUGCGGCAAGCGAGACCACGGAGUAAAUUGCCGUUUUACAUUAUAG